GGAAGUUCUGACCAAUAGGAAGAUUGGACGGAGACACCCGGAAGCGGGCGGAGAGAUGGCUGAAGCUGCAGGUCCCCGGGAAUCCACAGUGAUGUGAUGUCAUCGCUGCACUGCCAUGCAGAGGGGGGUGGCACAUGAGCGGAGGACGGACCCCCCCUCGCUGCCGGCCGUCCCCGUGUUCGUGUUCCCUCCAGCUCUGGACUUCUACGCCGAUGACCAGGCCAGCCACAAGCAGGUGCUCACCCUGUACAACCCUUUCCCCCGGGUGCUGCGAUACAAAGUCCUGUCCACGGCUCCACUGCGCUACACGGUGGUCGAUGCCGAGGGGCUUGUGAAGCCAAAUUCCUGCAUUGACAUAGUCACACGGCAUCGGGAUAUCCGCGCCCGGCAUUACGGCGCCGCAGACAGAUUCCGUGUGGAGGUGCGGGAAGAGGGCGGAGGACAAGGCGUCAUCGGGAGGAAGGACAUUCCCUCCACACUGCAUCCAACUAAACCCGAAACCCGAGUGCGAGGCGCGCGGGACCCUGCACAAUGGCAGCCGCCCUCUCACCUGUUCUCCAUGCGGCAAGGUGCCCCUCGGCCUCUAUCGUCCGGCCUCUUCAGCCUCUACGUCCUGGUGGGUCUGAUGGCUCUGCUGGUGCUCAUGCUGCCGCUACACGGGGACCCCCGGAGCCUCCUCCAUGAAAACCUCCACGUCUCCGUCAUCCAGAAACUGGUCGCUGCCUACGUGUUAGGACUCCUCACCAUGGUCUUCCUCCAGGCCUGAUGGACGGACAACACGAGCCGGGACCGAGCAGUGAAGAUGCGUGACAGGUCCUCCUCCUCAUCAUGAGACCCGUCCAUCCUGCCCGUGGGGGCGCUAUUAGGAGUGCAGCCGUGAGGACAUUUGCAGCAGGCUGUAAAGCGAGUCGGCUCUGCUGGUCAAUGGAACAUUUCUUCUACUAUGACAAAGAGGACGGCGCGGGGCCCCCAGGACUGAGGCUGCACUACUGAGACUCUGGUGACACUCUGUCCCGUGGAGAGGGGCGUCAUCACACAGGCUCCUGGCAGCCGCUUAUCUCUACCAUGUCCCACAGAGAACAGCCUGUAUGGAAAUAAAAGGUGUCUUCUCCCGC